AUGUGUCGGCGCUGCAAUGUGACGGCGCUGCAACAUGUGACGGAGCUGCAACAUGUGACGGAGCUGCAAUGUGACGGCGCUGCAACAUGUGACGGAGCUGCAACAUGUGACGGCGCUGCGCUACAACAUGUGACGGAGCUGCAACAUGUGACGGCGCUGCAACAUGUGUCGGCGCUGCAAUGUGACGGCGCUGCAAUAUGUGACGGAGCUGCAACAUGUGACGGCGCUGCAAUAUGUGACGGAGCUGCAACAUGUGACGGGGCUACAAUAUGUGACGGAGCUGCAACAUGUGUCGGCGCUGCAAUAUGUGACGGAGCUGCAACCUUUGACGGCGCUGUAAUAUGUGGCGCCGCUGCAAUAUGUGACGGAGCUGCAACAUGUGGCGGCGCUGCAACAUGUGACGGCGCUGUAAUAUGUGGCGGCGCUGCAAUAUGUGACGGAGCUGCAACAUGUGACGGAGCUGCAACAUGUGGCGGCGCUGCAACAUGUGACGGCGCUGUAAUAUGUGGCGGCGCUGCAAUAUGUGACGGAGCUGCAACAUGUGACGGCGCUGCAAUAUGUGACGGAGCUGCAACAUGUGACGGCGCUGCAACAUGUGACGGCGCUGCAACAUGUGACGGCGCUGCAAUAUGUGACGGCGCUGCAAUAUGUGACGGCUUUGCAACAUGUGGCGGCGCUGCAAUAUGUGACGGCUCUGCAACAUGUGGCGGCCCUGCAACAUGUGACGGCGCUGCAACAUGUGACGGCGCUGCAACAUGUGACGGCGCUGCAACAUGUGGCGGCGCUGCAACAUGUGACGGGGCUGCAAUAUGUGACGGCGCUGCAAUAUGUGACGGUGCUGCAACAUGUGACGGCGAUACAACACGUGGCGGCUCUGCAACACGUGACGGAGCUGCAAUAUGUGGCGGAGCUGCAACAUGUGGCGGCGCUGCAAUAUAUGACGGCUCUGCAACAUGUGACGGAGCUGCCAUAUGUGGCGGAGCUGCAAUAUGUGACGGAGCUGCAACAUGUGGCGGAGCUGCAAUAUGUGACGGCGCUGCAACAUGA